AUGGCACCGAGCAAGAUGAAGGCUCUGAAGGUCGUCGGCGCCCAAAAUGUCGAGGUGCAGGAAGUGCCUCUGCCAAAGAUGCGGGACGACUACGUUCUGGUGAAGGUCAAUAAUGUUGCCCUCAAUCCUACUGAUUGGAAGCACGUCGACCGCGAGAUCAUGGCCAUGCCAGGCUGCACUGUCGGCUGUGACUUCGCCGGCACUGUCGAGGAAGUCGGGUCUAAAGUCACGAAGCAAUGGCAGAAGGGCGACCGCAUAGCUGGGUUCACGCACGGCGUGAACAAGGUCGAGCCGGAGGAUGGAUGCUUUGCUGAAUAUUGCGUAGCAAAGGGUGAUGUACAGAUCAAGAUCCCAGAGAACACCUCGGAUGAGGAGGCUUCGACCCUUGGUGUGGGUGUGUUCACGGUAGGGCAGGGGUUGUAUCAGAGUUUGGGGCUGCCUUUGCCUGGAUCUGGCAAGUCGGGAGAGUGGCUGCUGGUUUACGGAGGUAGCACAGCGACUGGCAGUCUGGCAAUACAAUAUGCGAUCCACUCUGGCUGCAAAGUCGUCACCACUUGCUCGUCCCGCAACCACGCUUUCGUGAAGAGCCUGGGUGCUGCUGAGGCCUUCGACUACAAGGACCCAGAUGUCGGCAAGAAGGCACGUCAACCACAAUAG